CAGGUUGUGGGAGGAGACAGUAGCAGGCACGACUAUAAAGACCGCUUCAGAUUGCAGCCAGCACACCUCUCUGCUGAACGGCUUGAUCAUACACAGCUAAACCUCCUACUGUUCGUACACAAGGAACCAUGGUGAAGCGUGUUGCAGUUAUUCUCUCAGGAUGUGGAGUCUAUGACGGCACAGAGAUCCACGAGGCCUCUGCUGUCCUUGUUCAUCUGAGUCGAGCUGGAGCAAAAGUGACAAUGUUUGCUCCGAAUACAGAUCAGAUGCAUGUUGUAAAUCACUGUGAGGGGAAACCCUCAGAGGAGAAAAGAAACGUCCUGCAGGAAAGUGCUCGCAUCGCCAGGGGUGACGUGACUGAUCUUGCCAAGUUAGAAGUUUCAGCAUUUGACGCCGUCAUCAUCCCAGGGGGCUUUGGUGUGGCGAAGAACCUGAGUGACUGGGCAGAGAAGAAUAAGGACUGCACCAUCCAGCCACAUCUAGAGAAGCUCAUCAAGGCUUUCCACAAAGCCGGAAAGCCGCUGGGCAUGUGCUGCAUCUCCCCCAUCCUCGCUGCCAAGAUCCUGCCUGGCUGUGAGAUCACUGUGGGACAGGACAAAGAAUGUGAAAAGUGGCCGUACGCUCAGACAGCAGGCGCUAUAAAGGAGAUGGGCUGCAAACACGUCAACACGGAUGUGGAGAAAGCACACGUUGAUGUCAAAAAUAAGCUGGUCACCACCUCUGCAUUCAUGUGCAAUGCUCCCAUUCACAACGUUUUUGAUGGAAUAGGAGUUAUGGUUAAAGAGACACUGAAACUGGCUUAAGAAGUCUUUGAUUACAAACUGGAUGUUUGUGUCUGUUUGCUUUAAAACCAAUUGUGAUUUUCUAUGCAAGCAUGGUGUUUAAUUUAUGUCAUAGCAGUUAUUUCUGAGCACUGGUCUGAUGUUGUAUCGUCAAUGUGUUGUUUUGAGAUUUUCAAUAAAAGUUACUCUAC